ACAAGAUUCAUAUUGAAUCAACAAACAUCCUUUGAUAUUCAUGGAAAAUGUCCUAAAGGAUGAACCUCAAGUCUCUCACUAAUCAUAUUCUUGCAUUUUCUCUCUUUUCAUUGCUGAAUUCCAUUUGUUUGCCUUCUUCUCUUUAGCCCAUUCUUGAUUCUUUCUCAACAAUUUCUGAGUUCAUGAACCGAUUCGAGCGCGCAAUAUCUCAAAAUGGUGGAAGUCUACCAAGGUUUGAACUGCCCACCAAUCCCCAAGAACUGCAAACCCCUGAAUCUUUGGGUAUUGUUUUGCGAAAUGCACAACGACUCCUAAGUGAUUAUGCCAUCUCUUCACUGCCGCGAAUUGCUGAGCGAUUCGAGCAAGAUGGGUCUUCAACUGAUCCAACGGUAAGAGGUCAAAUCCAAGAAGAAUUAGUUCAAAUAGGCCUUAGAAUGCAACAGUUUGGAGCGCUUCUUCUGGAUCUUGGCAGUUCAAUCUUGACACUCCGUUUGGAACAAUCAACGAUUGAUCUCCAAGAUCUUGCUCAAAGGGUUGUAUCUACCAAUUGUCCAAUGGAUGUGUUUCGUGCUGUGGUAGAAAGUUCAGCUCGAAUUUCUGGGAGUAGUGGUCAAGAUGUUGCUACUGAAUUGUGCACCGAUGAGACACUUGCUGAGGAAUAUUUAGAGAUGUUCGCAAGUGAUAUAAACCGACGUUUACAAAGCAAUUCAGAACAGGAAAAUUAAUACAUUUUCUCGAAGGAUAUUCGGAGAUUUGUGGGUGUUGAAGUCCAACGGUGCCUCAUCUUGUAAUGCUGAUCAUUGGAUAUUAUUAGUUUUCUCUCAACUUUAUUUUUUGGUAUAUUGCUUCUUUUUCUUUUUAUAAACAUAUUAUGCUUUAAAUUGACGUAUUUUCUUUCCCCAAAAAAAAAUCUAUUUUAUUAUAUUCUAAUUGUAGAAUUUUAGGCUGUAAAAUACAUUUCCAGCUAUGUUUUCUAUUCUUUGA